AAAUGCUACUAAAUAACAAGUCUUUGGUCCAUACCCCCUCACUUCAACAAAACCGCGUAAUUCUAAGCUAACUUAGAAAUCAGUUGGAAUUCUUUUUCAAAUCUCAAAUUCUCUCUUACUAUUUUUUAUUUUCUUAGAGGUUCUAAAACUAUGAAAUUCUUCAUUUACAUAUGGAUUCCAAAGAGUACUCUCAGCUCUUUGUUAUGUUAACAAUUCUUUUGUUACAUUCUCAGUUCAUGUUUCAAUCUUCACUAGCUUCUUCUUCUUCUUCUUCUUUAUCAAUAUCUGAAACUUCUAACCAAGUUUUAAUUUGUUCAUUAAUACCAUCAUCAUCAGGUUCACUACAAAAAUCAUUUCUGAAUUGCACUAAUUAUCCAAAAACUAAUCAAAUUCCUGUCAUUUCACCAAACGUGUCAAUAUCAGCGAUCACCGGGGGCAAUGGGUUCCAAUGUAUUUUAAGUCCAACGUCAUCGGAAACUUGUGUUCUUCGUUGCUGGAGAUUCUCCGGUAAUGGUACGGAUAUUCGGUUCAAGAGGAUUUAUAGAGGUCCAACGCUGGACGAACUUGUCUCCGGGGAUUCACACAUUUGCGCUAGAGUUACUAGUACUAAACGUGUAGAAUGUUGGCAAUGGCAAGAGUUUGAUUCUGCAGGUAGUUAUAACUUAACUGGGAUAUCCGUAGGAGGAGAAUUUUUAUGCGGGUUAACAGAAUCCAAAACUAUUAAGUGCUUAGGAAAUGAUCGAGAUGUUGUUGGAGCUCCGCCGAACGGGACUUUCAAUCUUGUGAAGGCCGGAAAUCGCCAUGCCUGUGCUGUUUCAACUGAUGGAAGUUUAAAGUGUUGGGGAGAAAUGGUUGGAGAAGUUCCACCAGGGGACUUCACUGAUUUGGCAUUAGGAAAUUAUCGAACUUGUGCUCUUCGCGUUAACGGGACAAUGGCUUGUUGGGGAGGAGAUGACAAUUUCAUGUUACCAGAGGAAUUACGAGAGAUGGAGUUUAUUCGGAUUGAAGCAAAAAACAGUGUUUUCUGUGGGAUUCUUACAAAGAAUUUAUCAGUUAUUUGUUGGGGUAAGAGUGAGUUUUUUAGUAAUUAUUCAAUGGUUUUUAGAUAUGUGCAACCUGGACCUUGUUCCAUAACCUGUCCCUGCAAAAUUGUUCCGGAUUCAGAAAGAUUUUGCAGCCAAGGCAGUAUGUGUCUUCCUUGUAGUAGUCCAAAAUCACCGGCAUUGCAACUAUCUCCGCCGCCGCCAGAGUCUGCACAGCCGGGAAGCUGCGGAAAUGACAAGAGAAAGGUGGCAUUUCUAGUGGUGGGUUAUGUGGGAACAUUGUCAUUGAUACUUGUUUGUGGUUUCUUCCUCUUCAAAUUUUGUAAGAAUAGGGUUUGCCGAAUUCAUGAUUCAGGUCGGUUGGACCAAGUUAUUGAGCAGCCAUCUCCAGUCAGGUCUAUUCGGCGCAGCGGAUCUCAAAUUCGGGUGCAGGCUUCUCAAGAAAGAAGACUUGGCAAACUGUACAGUAUGAACUAUUUGGAAGAAUUCGGUCUGGAAACACUACUCAGAGUGACAAGAAAUUUUUCAACAGGGAACAAAAUCGGGCACGGAAGUUUCGGUUUGGUUUACCGGGCAAUCCUAGACGACGGCCGAGAAGUUGCAAUUAAGCGAGCCGUAUCGAUCUCAAGAUCAUGUUAUGCUUCAGCUGCAGCAACAACAGCUGCGACGAAACGCCAAAAUGACAAGGAGAAUGCAUUCAUAGCAGAACUGGCUUACCUCUCCCGGCUCAACCAUAAAAACCUGGUCAGACUCUUGGGCUAUUGCGAGGAACAAAAUGAAUGCGCAUUAGUGUACGAGUACAUUGCUAAUGGCACACUCCAUGAUCAGUUGCACGGACUCGAGCCAGCCCCGCCGCUCAGUUCAUGGACGGCUAGAUUAAAAGUUGCGCUAGACGCAGCUCGGGGGAUUGAAUAUCUGCAUACAUAUGCUGUUCCAUCAAUCAUUCACCGCGACAUCAAAUCCUCCAACAUUUUGCUAGAUGCGUCUUGGACAGCCAAAGUUGCAGAUUUUGGGUUAUCGUUGAUAGGUCCUAAAGAUCACGAGCCGUAUUUAUCGUUACGGGCAGCCGGGACUGUUGGUUAUAUGGAUCCUGAGUACUUCAGAUUACAGCAGUUAACAACCAAAAGCGAUGUUUACAGUUUCGGGGUGGUAUUACUGGAACUACUAACCGGGUUCAAGGCAAUACAUCUAAACGAAGCCGUUGCACCAAGAAACAUUGUCGAUUAUAUUGUACCGUAUAUCCACGACGACAGAAUGCAUUGUGUGUUAGACCCAAAAUUAUCCGCUCCGACACCGUAUGAAAUCGAAGCUGUUACUCAGUUGGGGUACUUGGCAGCUGAUUGCGUGAAUCUUGAGGGACGAAACCGGCCAUCCAUGAAUGAAGUUGUAAGCUGUUUGGAAGAUGCAUUGGCUGAUUGUGAGGUGCCGCAAGUACUACAGUCUCCAUCAAGUAUUAGAUCAACAAGUAGGUGAUGAUGGUACUGUAUUGAGGUUUCGUUCUUUUAGUCAUGAAUAAUGUAAAGAAUUCUUGGACUCACACUAUGACUACAGUUUAGACAAUUUAUUUUAUUUAGGCGUACUUUUUUUCUCCUUUUUCUUUUCUGAUCCAAACAACAGAUGUCACUGUAGUAGAGUGGUAAAGUAAAUCGAGCCGUCAGGUGAAAUCACGAAUGACCUGAGCUCCAAAUUUUUUCAAGGUUUGAAAGUGACAAGGUAUCCACCGUACUACUAGAAGGUGGAUGUUUCGCAGAAAGGUUCUUGGAAGGGUACAUGUUCUUCAGAUUCUUUUCUAGAAACUUAAACUUUAGAAUAACUGAUGUUGAUGCUUAUUAGCUAACUGGGCCUGGGUUUAUUAUCCUCGAAUGAUCUCAGUGAGUCAAUAAUUGAUUGUAGGGUAAGCCGAAAGGUGUUUCAUCAUGUACCUAACUAAAAGAAACCUAAGUAGAAGUCUGUAUUUUUGUA